UUCUCUCUCGCGUUCUCGCUCUUUCUCUCGCACGCGCUUUCUGUCUCUCACUUUCACUCUCUCUCUCUCGCUUUCGCUCUCUCUCUCUUCUCCCCGUAGAUUAUUUUGCUGACCUGCAGGGCCACUCUGAUGACGACCCAGAGAUCCACUGGGAAUUCUACGGCAGUGCUGUUUGUGAGUCCUUAGAGGAGGGCAGUGUGUGUAACAUGCUGGCGGAUCCCCCAGGGCCAGAGGAAGAUGACGAGGACAGGAGGGAGCUCUUUGAGUUUGAGUUCUCCAACCAACCCCUCCUCCCCUGCUACAACAUCCAGGUGUCCUUGUCACAGGGGUCCAGGAACUGGCUUCUCCUCUCAGAUGUUCUCCGGAAGCUGCGGAUGUCGGCCCGUUCCUUCCGCUCCUCCUUCCCCCACAUGAAGGUGGUGACGAUGGCCGAGGCAGAGUUUUACCGCCAGGCCUCCCUCUCUCAGCUCUUCUCCUGCCCAGACGAGCUGGAGGGCUUCCAGCCAGACAGCAAGGAGCUGCUGGACCUGGUGGAGGGGAGUGCUGAGCUGGCCGCUCUGCUGGGAUCCACCCUGGAGUGCCUGGAUGACCGCUGGGACGAACCCCUGGAGGCUAACGUUAAUGCUAAGGCUAAUGUCAAUGGAAACAUUAGGGCUAAUGCUAACGCUAAGACUAACGCUAAGACUAAAGUUAACGCUAAUUUUAAAGCUAAGGCUAACGCUAACAGGAGGUUGUUAUCCCUGACCCUGAACUUUGACUCUGAUUUCUGAAUCCCUACUCUACAGUGGGGGUCUACGAUACGUGAAUGAGUAAGACCCCUGCCCUGAGAUCUGAGAUUAACUCCUGCGCUGGACCAGUGGACUGUAUGGACGAACGGACAGACAGAGCAGCAGAGACCUGAAUGUGUCUGUACAUCAAGCGAAGAUGAAGAGGCGACUGUAAAUUAACAAUUGUCUUAUUUUUUAUAAAUGUAUUAAUAUAAGUAUAAAUAUAUAAAUCUGGAAAUGUUAUCUUGAUUUCUCUCCUGCAAUUGUGUGAGCGAGAGUGUGGUUGUGUUAUCAUGAUUGGAAGGUUGUGUGUGUGUGUGUGUGUGUGUGUGUGUGUGUUAAACAGUAUAAUAUAUGUGUGUGUGUCAGUUUAUAUGCCAUAGUGUGUGUCUGAGCACUGAGGCAGCGCUUUGAAUGUCGAAUUUUUUGUUCAUAGGAAGCACAUGAUGAGGAUCAGUUGUAUAGUUUUUUGUUCUCCUCAGACAGAGUUAGCACUCUCAUCACCCUCAGGGGCUGUUUUGUACCUGUGUUCAAUCUGCUUCUCAUUUAGUCUCUAAUUUCACUUGCAAAACUGAAGAGAUGUGUUUUUGUAUACUAUUAAAGGUUUAAAGAUGAGAAGAUAUUCGCCCUUCGGUACAGAACUUGUAAAUAACAGGGUGGCUAUUGCAGUACAGUAACAGUUAUACUAUUUGUGUUUUUUUUGUAAUUAAAAUAUCUCAUUUGUAUUUAUAUUUUGCCAGCAAAAUUAUCAAAAUAAAUCUUAACAUUUGCAAGAAAGUUUA